GCUUGAGUAGUGCAGCGGAAGUGUUGAGUAGUUGAACCCUUGCACUAGUAUGUGAGAGCAAGGGAGAAGCACAACACGCAGCAGAGGUUGAUUCAUCAGUUUCAUUUCCAACAGGUUCGACUCAUACGAGGGCAAUUCUACCACUGUGCACCACGGUAUACCGUCGUAAAACCAUUUUCACCCAUCCCUAUUUAGAAAGUAUCCAUUAUCCAGAAUUCAGUGAGUCCGAAGAUGCUCAUGGUUGUGUGGACCUCGUCUCCUGUCCGAAAGCUGGAGAAAGCAUUUCGUUUCUUGGCUCGCUGCUUCGCUGAAAGCUCAAUCCUGAAUGCUUCAGCUGAUGCUUCUGCCCCUCAUUACCAGCACCAGUGCCUGCGUCCCACCAAACCCAGCGCCUCCCAUUUGGUCUACAAAGCACCGUCGUCGGUUGGUCGGCCUUUGAUAAUAACAGUCGUCGUCGUCAGGUCUCUUCGUCCGUUUCUCAAAAGCAACAGUACCGUACAAGGCUAAUUCUUGGGGCUCUUUAGCACAAGUAGUUUCAACAAGCUCCUCGUUUCUCAUAAUCUAAUUGUGACCUUUUUAGUGGAAAAUCAUGGCUUCCAUAGACGAGAUGGACGAGACUAUGAUGCUCUCACGCUACUUAGCAUCUCAUGGCGGCGCUUGGCCUAUCGCCGAUUUCAGAACGUCUUCCUCCGUUACUCGCGCGAGUCAGUUCCCCGACGAUCAACGUGACUCAACCAGAUUGCAAUCUCGAGCUGGCGGUGCUGCGGCUAUGUGGCGAAAAUCGGCGUCAGAAUCAUCGCGUAGCGUCGGCGCCGCGAACAACGCAGCAGUCCCGUCGUUAAAGCGUGACCUCUUCAGGUCCUCAUCUGAAGCCGCACAGCAAUUUCCGUCGCACGUCAAUUUCCACGUCCAGGGUCCCCCGGCCAGCGACGCAGAAUCCCCGUUUGCCAGGGUGUCUCCUCGCCGCUCGUCUGACAUAGAUUUUUCAAGAACCAGGCGAGUGUCCGGAAUUUCGCUCAUGCUGGCCGCAGAGACUGGAUGAUGCGGAAGGGUGCUGGAUGAUGCUAAAAGGCUCUUCUGAAGCAUUGCGGACUCGGAGAAAUGAGGAGCUCGCGAUUUUUUUCCCGUGGAGGAAGGUCACGGUUUGGAGACUUCAGACAGUCGCGAGAACAAGGCGUGGAAUCGCCUUUUUUUUUUUGCAGAAGAUACGGAAUGCCUUCUAUCCUGUUGCGCUGGGCCUACUGAUUUGGCGCCCCAGGCAAUCACAGGAAGAGCUUUGCCUUUCUGAUUUCUUACUCGGGCAUGUGCCCAUUUUCCUCUCCGUGAAUACUUUCAUGGCAUGGUCCACCGAUGAAUUUGAGAAAUGGCUUCUGGUCCACGCGGAUGCAUCGACUGGGGUGCACACAGUGGACUGCCCGCGUCCAGUCCAGACAGCUGCUGAAGCAGGCGUCUGAUAAGGGAAAGUGAGCUCUGGAUAACGGGCAAUUUUGUAGUCGGCUUGCCAUACAGGAUUUUUCCUGUGGCAAGGCAGUUCUUCUGAUGCAGGUUUGAAGGGUUCAGAGAAGUUGCGGUCUUCUUCAUACAUAGUGGUGUAGUUGCGGUCUUUUUCAGGGCCUCAUAUUUCAUGCAAAUUUCCCUGAUUCAGGGUUUUUUCAUAGGGUUUGUCGGCACCGACCCUGAUGUGCUAGGAUUUUUUUCUCCCUUAACCCUGA